UAUAAGAGGCGGCGCGCGCUGGCCGGGCCACCCUCGGCCGCCGCGCGCCCCUCGCCGACCGCACCAUGCUCCGCGCCCGCCUGUUCGCGCUGCUGCCGCUGCUGCUCCUCGUGGGCUUCCCCGCUGCCGCCGGCGAGUCGAUCCGAGAGACCGAGGUCAUCAACCCGAAAGACCUAGAAGAACAGUACUUUUCUGGAGAUCUCCCGGAUGAUGAGGACGUGGGGCUGCCCGGGCAGGGAUCGGACGACUUUGAACUGUCUGGCUCCGGAGAUCUGGAUGACUCAGAGGACCCCCAGUACGUCCCGGAAAUACUCCAGCCCUUGAUCCCGCUGGAUAACCACAUUCCCGAGAGGACGGACCCCGGGAGCCGGGCCCCCACCGAGCAUGACCUGCUGAAGGAGAACGAGGUCGUCCCCAAGAGGAUGGCCCCCUUCGACAACAACGACGACCUGAGCAACAGGGUGUCCAUGGUCCAGGGCAGCAGCAUCUUUGAGAGGACAGAGGUCCUGGCAGCUCUUAUCGUGGGUGGUGUGGUGGGCACGCUCUUCGCCGUGUUCCUGGUGCUGCUGCUGGUCUACCGCAUGAAGAAGAAGGACGAAGGCAGCUACGACCUGGGCAAGAAGCCCAUCUACAAGAAAGCCCCCACCCACGAGUUCUACGCCUGAAGCUUCCAGGACCAGCAGCUCGGACUUCCGGGGGGAGGGAAGUAGAGGAUUUUGCAGGGUGGAAUGGGGGUGGGAGAGGGCAGCCCAGGACUGACCUGUGGGCACCUCCAGCCCCGGCCCUGGUGCCUCGGUCAGAAGAGAGAACUUCUGUCUUGCCUGCCUCUGUCUUCCUUCUCUGGGCCUCGAUUUUCCUGGCAGAAAAAUGGGGGGAACCUGGGCCUCGCUGGAGCUGAGGGAGCAUUUCUUAACCUUCCAGCCAAGACAGCAGGCUCAGUGGGAACCAGCCUCACCCAGGACCCCCUUCCUUGGGCUGUUGUGUGCCUGCCGCUGGAGGGGAGGGGGACCCACCCCACCCUCCAUCCCCUGACCUUUCUCAGACCCUCUAGAAACAGGCGGGAAAGGAAGUGAUCAUCUGUGACUGAACAGGUGUCUGCAAACAGGGAGAGUCUCUGAGGCCUUCUGGGGCCUUCUGGAUCUUUCCAGAUCAACCUUUUUUUAUGGGGGUGGGGGUGGCCAGUGGGGCAGGCAGAAAGGCGGUGGGGAGAGAGCUGCAAGUUCAUGCUAGAAUGAAUUCAUGGCCUCUCUGUAAAUCUCUUUUUAGCGGGGUAUUUUUUGUAAUGGAAUCAAUUCUUCUCAGGGGGAGAGCACCAGCCCACCCCGGUCUCUUGCCCCCUUCCAUGGAACUUGCUCUAUUUGUAUUUAAUGGUGUUUUCUGGUUUUGUUUCUUGAGAAAUGAGAAGAGAGCCGGAGAGAUGAUUUUUAUUAAUUUUUUUAAAAAAACUAUUUAUAGCUGCAGACAGGGUCUCUCAUUCCCUCUUUUUUCUUUUUAUUUCUUUUCAUUCCUUCCCCCCUCUUUUUUUUUUUUUUUGGUUUAUUUGUUUUUUUUUACACUUCACGUUCUCCUGCCCUUGACCUUGGUCCUUCCAGAAGCUGCUUCCUCUGAAAAAUAGCUUUGGCUGAAACAUAGUUUUCUAGCAGAUUCCCCAAAUGUCAUGUAGAGGAUGGUGAGCUAGUGGGAUAUCCAUGUCUAUUUUAAUAUAUUAUUAUUAUUCUUCCUUGGUUCUAGGCAAAUAGAUCAAUAUAUAUAUAUAUAUAUAUAUUAUUUUUUUUUCUUCGAGAAAUAGUGUGGUAUAUCCCCAGCUGGAAGGUGGCUGGAGUGUUGAGCGAGUGAAAUUUUGCAUGGUUGAGUGGACGCCGACCUUUUUGUCUUGCCCUGUUCUUGGUGUCUGGUCCCCGCGGGGCCGUGAGCCCCUGGGGAAGUCCCAGCUGCCUUCUUCACUUGGCUUUGAGCCCAGUGAAGCACCCCCCCCCCACCCCCGAUGGCUUUCUCCAGGUUUCGGGAGGAAGUGGCUGAGCCACGCCAUCCAACACAUAACCACUAGGCUUGUGACUCUCCAGACCCAUUAAAAGGGCAUCCCUUAAAGCGAUGCAUUUCUCUGCUCACUAACCCCUGCCUGCCCAGUGCCUGCGAGGGCCAGUGACCUUUGCCAUCUAGUGGCCUGCACUGUUUGGAACUAAACUGGUUUGUUAAGUCCCACCCCCAGCCUGGCUGGGUGACCUUAGUCUUCUAGGGCAAAGGUGGAGGGUGGGGAUGGGGAACACGGGCCAGGGGGCGGCCCAUCAGGUCCCAGCACUGAGCCUGUUAUCUGUCACCUCCCUCUCCAGAGGGGAGAGGCCCAACACGCCUCCUUCCCACUGGCUGGGUGGGGGUGCGGGAUCACCCUUCACCGCCUCCCCCCGGGGGCCCAGCAGGCUGGGUCCUCUGCCUGCGACCUUAACUCCGGCUGUGUCGGCAGUGAGCGCCUUUUCUGUAGUAGCCACCUCACACUCUUGUCUGUUACUGAUUUUUGAUAAAAAGAUAAUAAACGGUACUUUCUAGA